AGCGUUUUAGAGAGAGAGAGAGAGAGAGAGAGGGAGACGUCUUGGAGGGAGGAAAGCUUGCGGUUGGCGUCGCCAGCUUCGUCGUCGCUUCGAAUCGGACGAAUUUCUACGAAAUGAAUCUGUCCUGAUCAGUUGAUCGCCACCGGAUAAAAGAGAGGCGCGGCGGGGAUUCGAGUUGAAUUGAUCGUUGCUGCUUCUUCUGCUGCUGCUGCUUCUCUUGCGUGAUCUGAUUUGGAGACGGACAAAAGGUUUAAAAAACAAGGGGGUGCGCACCUCGAGUUUUUCGUCCUCUGAUUCGAAGCGGAGAAGAUGGAGCGAGCGUUUGCCAACGGCGGCGAAGCUUUUGGCUCGCCGGCUAGUCCCGAGAAGCUCAUUAUCGACACUGAUCCCGGGAUCGAUGAUAGCAUGGCAAUCUUCAUGGCAUUUCAAGCUCCUGAGGUGGAUAUCUUGGGAUUCACGACUAUAUUUGGUAAUGUUACAACAGAAGCUGCCACUCGCAAUGCCUUGCUUUUGUGUGAGAUAGCUGGACGUCCAGGUGUUCCUGUAGCUGAAGGCAGCCAUGAGCCUCUAAAGGGGGGAAAGCCACUUGGUGCUGACUUUGUCCACGGUUCUGAUGGUAUCGGCAACAUAUGUUUGCCUCCUCCCAAUGCAAAGAAAGUUGAGAAGAGUGCCUCAGAGUUUUUAGUUGAUAAGGUCUCUGAGUUUCCGGGUGAAGUAUCUGUACUGGCACUUGGGCCUUUGACAAACUUAGCCUUGGCAGUCAAAAGAGAUGCUUCCUUUGCAAGCAAGGUGAAGAAAAUCGUUGUGCUUGGUGGUGCUUUCUUUGCGUUGGGAAAUGUAAAUCCUGCUGCAGAAGCAAACAUUUUUGGGGAUCCAGAAGCAGCUGAUGUUGUGUUUACUUCGGGGGCUGAAAUUAUUGUUGUGGGGAUAAACAUCACAACCCAAGUGAAACUUACAGAUGCCGACCUGCUUGAUUUGAGGCUAUCAAAGGGGAAGCAUGCUCAAAUUCUUAGUGAUAUGUGCAAGUUUUACAGAGAUUGGCAUGUUAAGUCUGAUGGGGUCUAUGGAAUUUUCCCUCAUGACCCCGUCAGUUUCAUGGCGCUAGUUCGUCCUGAUCUUUUCACUUAUAAACGCGGAGUUGUGAGGGUGGAGACACAAGGAAUCUGCACAGGCCACACUAUGAUGGAUCAAGGUCUAAAGAAAUGGAACUCGAGCAACCCCUGGUCGGACCAUUCUCCUGUUUCGGUCGCUUGGACGGUCAAUGUGGAUGAGGUUGUCAGUUGCAUCAAGAAGUAUCUGAUGAAACAGUGAAAGCCGUUGUGAAUCCCUCUCCAAAACGAUGUAAAACUACGGGGAUGCUCUCUUUCCUUAUUUAUAAUCGCAAAUCCUUGCCUUCAAUUUUAGUUGCAAGCGGUUCAGUUCGUCUAAA